UAUGAAAACAAAACAUUCGAUGGUAAACAAAAAAACUGCAUCUCGGUUAAAAGUCAACGCCUUUAAUGUACGCGAAUAGAAUUAGCAGUAUUAAACUUCAAGAAGGUUAAAAUAUCAUAGUAUUAUGUUACCAGAACCGGCUACAUUUGCAAUCACUUUGCUUUUGUAUGGCGCAAUACUUCUACUGCUCAUCUAUUACGUGUUGACUCUUGCCGAUCUAGAAUGUGACUAUCUGAAUGCUCAGGAGUGCUGUGCUCGUCUAAAUUUCUGGGUUAUACCCAAGUUUGGGUCCCACGCAAUACUCUGUAUCAUCUUACUGCUCGGUGGCCACUGGAUUAUGUUCAUACUAAAUAUCCCAAUGGUAAUGUGGCUAUGUUACGAAUUAUACCGGCAGCCAAGAGAUAGUCUAGGCGUUUACGAUCCUGUUGACAUACACAGUCACGGACUUUUAAAAGUGCAUCUGAGGAACUGUAUGAUUUACUUGGGAUACUACUUUAUUAUGUUCUUUGUAGCUUUGUAUUGUUUGAUUUCUGCAUUACUUAAAGGAGAUCCUAUCAAACGACAUGAAGAGGGAGAAAUUAUAACAGAGUUUUAAAGCACCGUAUCUUAUUGCGUGUUCCACAAUUAGUUUUUUAUUUUAAACUAGUCAUAAUCUGUUAAUUUGCCAAUUACAAAAAUUUUAAAUGUCAUAUUAAUACAAAACUAAAAUAGUCAGAAAAUGAGAUUAAGUCAAAAAUGCACAACAUUUUCAUACAUUGUUCGCUGUAGCACCAAAUUUAUUAUUUACUAGUCUAAAAAUAAUCGAAUCUUAUCCAUACCAUUUCACAAUAUUUAAGCAUCUAAUAAACUACAUAUUAAUUUUA